AUGGGGCUGGACCAUGGGGCUGGACCAUGUGACUGGACCAUGGAGCUGGACCAUGUGGCUGGACCAUGGAGCUGGACCAUGUGGCUGGACCAUGUGGCGGGACCAUGGAGCUGGACCAUGUGGCGGGACCAUGUGGCUGGACCAUGUGGCGGGACCAUGGAGCUGGACCAUGUGGCUGGACCAUGUGGCGGGACCAUGGAGCUGGACCAUGUGGCUGGACCAUGUGGCGGGACCAUGGAGCUGGACCAUGUGGCGGGACCAUGUGGCGGGACCAUGUGGCGGGACCAUGUGGCGGGACCAUGGAGCUGGACCAUGUGGCGGGACCAUGUGGCGGGACCAUGGAGCUGGACCAUGUGGCGGGACCAUGUGGCGGGACCAUGUGGCGGGACCAUGUGGCGGACAUGUGUCUGGACGAUAGACUGUUGGAUCUAA